CAGAUAUGGCUUAUCAAACGGAGAUGAUCAUAGACGCCCAGCCCCAGCCCAUGGGUAACAGCUACACUUUCGGCGGCCAGGCGUCGUGGAAUUCGGAUCUGUGCGACUGCUGUUCCGACAUGGGCGUUUGUCUUUGUGCCACUUUCGUGCCCUGCAUCCUUGCGUGCCGGGUUUCCGAACAAGCGGGCGAGUGUUUCUGCCUCCCUUGUCUGCCCGGUACUCUGAUCGCCCUGCGCACUGGCGUCCGUGAGAAAUACCACAUUCAGGGUUCUAUUACUGAAGACUGGAUGGUUAUGUCUUGCUGUCCGCUUUGCGGUCUCUGCCAACUUUCUCGAGAACUGAGCAACAGAAACUGAAAUGGACGGAGAGCUGAAGAAUCUUCUCACCAGCUAGAACCUGUGGCUCUCCAGAUGUUCAUGGACUACAAUUCCCAUCAGCCCCUGCCAGCAUGGCCAGUUGGCCAUGCUGGCAGGGGCUGAUUGGAAUUGUAGUCCAUGAACAUCUGGAGAGCCACAGGUUGCAGACCCCUGAUAGAUGGGAGGGGAGCCGUUUUGGAACGACACCAGCACAUUCUUAGACGUUCUUAGACCAGAACGUUUUUCAUCCUUGUGGGAGGGACCACGAAAGAAUAAGGACCCCUCUCUAUUUAACCCCACCAUGAGAAUUGUAUCCUAAUAAAAUAAUGUUGCGAUCCUCA